CCUCUCUGAGCAUCAAUCGCCGAAGGAUUUUCUAUCAUUUUCCCUCACUUUCUCCCGUUUUCUCUCUCGCCAAACACUCCAAUUCCUUAAGGAUCUGAGGUUUCUUCCACUUCAAAUCUCACCUUUUUUUUCUUUCCAAUUGGGCAAAAAGGCAUUGAUUUGAAACGAAUAUUAUAAUAGAAAGGAAAGCGCUUUGGGGGGAUUAGAAUUUCUGAAUCUAGGGUUCCGUGAUCUGUAUAUGCUUCUUGAUGACUAUGGAAAUCGUGGUGGAUGCGGCGUCGUUUGACGCCGAGCUGUUGCAGCUCAAUGAGGUGUCCCCUUUGGCCCUCAAAUCGAAUCCGAGCUACGUCGAGUCGCUGUUCGAGCAGUGGCUUUCGCUUCCCAAUACUAAUCGCCUGGUGACACAACUGCUAACUGAAGCAAAGGCAGGUAGGCCUCUGAAUGUUCAGGGAAAUUCUUCUAGUCCACAUGCCACUGCAGGCAGUACUUUGCCUUCUAUGUUUCCAACCAAAGUGGGACAAAGGGAAGGCCCCACAGUCCCGGAAAGAGACUCCACCUCUUCCAUCCUCUCGGGUGCGUUCAUCAGCCAGAUCUGAUGACAGGGCAGCUUUCAAGGAUGAUGCAUUGAAUGAGUUACGAGCAAAACGUUUGAAGCUGCAUGACCCUGAGGCUCACCGCAAGUUGAGAUAUGCUUCUCGUAGUGAAGAUGAUGGAUCAUCAGGGGAUGAUGCAAUGAUUGACAGUGAUGAUGAAAGGUCACAGGGACUAACUUUUGAUGUUAUAAAGGAGAUUACCAUUCGAAGGUCGAAACUUGCAAGUGGUUUAUGGAGCCCUUCUUGGAAGAGUUAAUUGUGGUUUGCGUUGUAAGGGUUGGAAUUGGGAGGUCAAAGUCUGGGACUAUCAAUGGUGGGAGCAGUACGGGCAGGCAUAGCAGCAACUGCAGCAGCUUUGGAAGCUGCGGCUGGUGUAGGGAAGUUGAUUGAUACGAGUGCCCCUGUUGAUUUUGGAAGAGAGUCAAAUCUAAAGCAUAAUUU